AUGGGUGAAUCCAACUGUCCUGUGCCCAAAGGCGCAAACGACUAUGGCGAGACUGGGUCUGCUCAUAAGCCAUUGCUAUACGUAGCUGGCGCUGGCACCGCAGUCACCUUCCUCAUCUCCGUGGCACUCAUCUUCAACCACCUUCGUCGAUACCGAUGUCCCAAAGAACAACGGCAGAUCAUCCGCUUGGUAUUCGCUCCGUUCGUCUUUGCAAUCGUAUCCUUCUUCGAGGUCUUGAGCUACGACGCCGCACCCUAUCUCGAUCCGCUUGGCGACUUUUACGAGGCAUUCUGUCUGUGUGCGCUCUUCCUCCUGUACAUUCAGUUCGCCGCUCCAGGUGGGACGUUCGACAACGAUACAUUCGAGGCUGUCAAGGCGGCUGAAGAAGGCAACGAGCUCAACUUUGACUGGCCUCGCAUAACCUGGGUCUUCGUGUUCCAGUAUCCUCUGACUGAGCUGCUUGCCCUUGUGAUCCUGGAAGCGACUCAGGCCGCCGGAGUUUAUUGUGUUCAAUCGCUCAACCCCAAAUAUGGACAUAUCUGGUACACGAUCAUCCAGUCUAUCGGUGUCGGCGCGUGUGUGUUGGCCAUCCUGAAGUUUUAUGGACACAUGAAGAACCGCCUGAAGGUACGCAGGGGUCUCGCAAAGCUUGUGUGCUUCAAGCUUAUCGUCUUCCUUCGCUUUGUCCAAAGUACUAUCUUCAACAUCCUUCUCGACCACAACGUGAUCAAGGCCAGCAACACUUUCACCUACUACGAUGUCCUGUAUGGCCUGGAGAAUUGCAUCACUUGCGUCGAGAUGGCGAUCCUCGCAAUCGGGUUCUGGUACGCCUAUAGUGCGACCGAGUAUAGCACUGCAGCCAGACCUCACCACACUCGCCUACCUGUCCACAAGGCCAUCUUGAAUGCCCUCAACCCCUACGACUUGUUUGCUGGCAUUGGCAGACUCUUCGCCAUCGUUCUCCACCUCAAGCGGACAGGUGGAUUUAAGGACUGGACAGCAGCCAGGAAGGCAGGCAAGGCCGAGAAUCAAACUGGGCAAGCGCAGCAACGACGCGACCAAGGGCGUUACCAGACGCUCGACGGCAUGGAUUCACUCUCGCGCCCAGAUGCUGCCUAUGAUGGCGCCAACUCGCAGUAUUACGACACCUCGUACUCGAACGGCCAGGCUUUGUACCAGCCUCCUUCAGGGUCGCCGCCGUCCUAUGCAGACCAGUCGAGCGGGUAUCUCAUGGCCGAUUCUCGAAGGGAGCGAAGUCCGUCACCAAACGGACGUGUAUGGGACGGCCAGCGAUAUGAUCGUACCCCGUCUCCAUCGGGGCGGUUUGUCGAAGGGCGAGACAUGGUUUAG